AUGGGAACCUGCGCCUCCAAGCCUCCCAAACCAAACCCUUACGCUCCUAGAGAUCAGCCUAAUGUCCUUCCUGAACCUGCGCAGACUCCGAAGUCGACGGUGAGUCGGGACCUUGUCACCGCCAUCAAGGAGUCUCCGUUCUUCCCCUUCUAUACCCCGAGCCCUGCCCAUGGCGUUAAGGCUCCGGAAUCUCCGGCCAACUCCACUCCGAGGAGGAUCUUUAGACUGCCUUUCCCUCCGCCUUCUCCGGCAAAGCACAUUAAGGCGGUGCUCAGACAUCGGAGGGAGAAGACGGUGGCCAAGAUUCCGGAGGAUGAGGAGAGUGAAGAGCGGACGGAGUUGGACAAGAGAUUCGGGUUCUCGAAGGAGUUCACUAGUCGGUUAGAGGUUGCGGAGGAGGUCGGCCGAGGUCAUUUUGGGUAUACUUGCUCCGCCAAGUUCAAAAAGGGUGAACGCAAAGGCCAGAAAGUCGCUGUCAAGGUCAUCCCCAAGUCUAAGAUGACCACAGCUAUUGCAGUAGAGGAUGUAAGAAGGGAAGUGAAAAUUUUACGCUCCUUGACAGGACAUAGCAAUCUUGUACAAUUCUAUGAUGCAUUUGAAGACACUGAAAAUAUCUAUAUAGUUAUGGAGUUAUGUGAAGGAGGGGAACUUUUAGACAGAAUACUUUCACGGGGUGGGAAAUACUCAGAAGAUGAUGCCAAGACUGUCUUGGUGCAAAUACUUAAUGUGGUUGCCUUUUGUCAUCUUCAGGGUGUGGUGCACCGAGAUCUCAAACCAGAGAACUUCUUGUAUACUUCUAAAGAUGAGAAUUCCCAGCUGAAAGCCAUAGACUUUGGCUUGUCAGAUUUUGUCAGACCAGAUGAAAGGCUUAAUGACAUUGUAGGAAGUGCAUAUUAUGUGGCUCCUGAAGUUCUGCAUAGAUCUUAUAGUACAGAAGCAGACGUAUGGAGUGUAGGCGUAAUCGCAUACAUUUUAUUAUGUGGUGGUCGUCCUUUUUGGGCUCGGACAGAGUCCGGCAUUUUCCGGGCUGUCUUGAAAGCUGAACCAAGUUUUGAUGAAGCUCCUUGGCCUUCGUUAUCUUCAGAGGCGAAGGAUUUUGUCAAGCUUCUAUUGAAUAAGGACCCCAGAAAGCGAAUGACAGCUGCUCAGGCUUUAAGUCAUCGUUGGAUCCGGAAUCAUUGUGAUGUAAAAGUUCCACUUGAUAUUUUGAUAUUUCGACUCAUGAAGGCAUACUUGCGAUCAUCAUCUUUGCGUAAGGCCGCUUUAAGGGCUCUGUCUAGAACCUUAACUGCUGACGAACUCUUUUAUCUGAAGGAGCAAUUUGCAUUGUUAGAUCCUGAAAAUAAUGGUAGCAUAACCUUAGAAGAUAUUAAGAUGGUUCUAAUGAAAAAUGCGACAGAUUCAAUGAGGGAGUCUCGCAUUCCUGAUUAUCUUAUUUCGCUAAAUGCACCUCAAUAUAGAAGAAUGGACUUUGAAGAGUUCUGUGCAGCUGCAUUAGGUGUCCACCAGCUGGAGGCACUUGAUCGUUGGGAACAACAUGCCCGUUGUGCAUAUGAGAUUUUUGAGAAGGAUGGAAAUAGAGCUAUUGUGAUUGAGGAACUUGCUUCAGAACUUGGGCUAGGUCCCUCCAUCCCAGUUCAUGCCAUUCUCAAUGAUUGGAUUAGACACACUGAUGGCAAGCUAAGUUUCCUUGGUUUUGUAAAAUUGCUCCAUGGUGAGUCCACCCGAAGAUGAACAUUAUUUGCACCCUGUUUUUUACUAAAUACACUCCAUUAACCCUUUAAAAACACACUAGAGUGGGGUGUACUUAAUAAAAAAUAGAAUGCAAAUAAUGUUCAUCUAAUUGGUAUGAAGCCACAUUGAAGACUGAUGGUUUAUUGCUUGUAAGAGAAUAAUUGCUAGUACUUCUUGGCAACAAGGUACAAGAUUGGUCUGCAAGUUCUGCAAUUGAUUGCUUAAGUUUGGGAUCCUGGCAAGCAUAUUCCUUUGUGACCAUUUUUCGGUGAAGAUUACAGGCAAUCACUCACUCUCUUCAACGAUUUAGCAGAGGAGCCAGAACCCAGAAAGGUUGGAACUUACAGGGCUGUUGAUUGUUUCCUGAGAAGCCAUGAAAAUCUUUGGCUUUAGGGUGCAAAGAUUGUAGGGAUAGUGUUGCCUAAACAGGUGAAAAGAUUUUACUGGGCCGGAAAUGCUUUAGAGUUUGUACAGUUUCCAUUCUUCCUGUGUUAAAACUUUUGCUACCUACUGGAGAUGUGGAGAAGCUGCACAAAAGUCUACAUUCACAUAAGAUCACAUUCCUUGUUCCUAUAGCCAAUUCAGGAAAGAAGUAAAUAUGGC